AUGCUCGAGCUAAAGGCGAAAUGCGACGCCAAAAAGGCAGCACAGGCAGCCUUGAUCCCCAACGAAUGGCGUAUCAAGGUACCCAAGUCACUCAAGAACGUCCUCGACAUCCCGAGAAGGGCAGGCAUCCUAUCGAAGAAAGAGUUGCUUAUCACAGAGCUUGACGACGUCGACAUCGCCCUUGCAAAGCUCGCAACCGGCGAAUGGUCGAGCUACGAAGUCACACUGGCCUACUGUAAACGAGCAGCUAUUGCCCAUCAGCUCACAAACUGCCUGACUGAGAUCCUCUUUGACGAUGCUCUGGCUCAAGCUAGAGAACUCGAUGAGUACUUGGCCCUUCACGGCAGACCAAAGGGACCUUUACACGGCAUACCGAUCUCCCUCAAGGAUCAGUUUCCUAUCGACGGCGUCGAGAUCACCAUGGGUUACGCUUGCUGGCUCGGCAGAAUCUCAGACAGCAACGCCGUCCUGGUCGACGUGCUCAGAGAAGCAGGCGCCGUCUUUCACUGUCGUACAAACGUACCUCAGACACUUAUGUGGGCAGAGACGUACAACCACGUCUUUGGCCUGACGGUCAACCCCUACAAUCGUGCUCUCACUUCUGGCGGCUCGUCCGGAGGCGAAGGUGCCCUCAUCGCCCUGCGCGGCUCGAUACUCGGCGUCGGUACAGACAUCGGGGGCAGCGUUCGUAUACCCGCAGCCUGCAAUGGCCUCUACGGCUUCAGACCCUCAACGGGCAGGAUACCCUACCAGGGUGCGAUGAAUAGCAUGGUCGGACAAGAGACCGUCGAAAGCGUCAUCGGACCGCUGGCUCGUAGUCUAUCGACCAUCAAGAAGUUCUACCAAGUCGUGCUCAAUGCCGAAUGCUGGCGACGCGAUCCCAAGAUACUCGACCUACCGUUUCGUCAGGAUCACUACGAGCUCACAGCCAAUGGCGGUCACGAUGCAAAGUACUCUUUUGCGAUCAUCAAGACCGAAGGCUACGUGCUGCCAGAUCCACCGAUCUUACGCGCUCUCUCGAUCGUGGCGGACGCACUGCGCGAACAAGGACACGAGAUACUCGACUGGGACGCAUCGGAUCACCGCGAAGGUGUAGAGCUCAUCAAUGAAAUCUUCCAAGCCGAUGGCGGUGCAGAUUUCAUCGAGCAAGUGGGCGUAUCGGGCGAAACUCACAUCCUCAGCGAACGAUCUGGCGCUGCUCUCUCAACGCUCGAGGUCUGGAAGCUCAACCAUCGAAAGGAGACAUAUAGAAAGCAGUACCUAGACAAGUGGGAAAAGGCAAUCAGUCCGAUGACGGGCCGAGUCGUCGAUGCCAUCAUCUCGCCCGUAGCCCCCCAUACUGCGCCAAAGCACGGCCAAUACAUCUACUGCGGUCACACAUCCAUCUGGAAUCUGCUCGAUUAUCCGUCUUGCGCUUUCCCGGUCACAAAGGUGCAAGCAUCACUGGACGCGCCCGAUCCUGCUUUCAAGCCCCUCAGCGGUCUCGACGCUCAGUGUAAUGCACAGUAUGAUGUUCGCGAGACAGCUGGCUCUCCUGUUGCGCUACAGCUCACAGGCAGACGCCACAAGGACGAACACUUGUUGGGAAUGAUGCAGGUCUUGCUUGACAGCCUUGCUCAUUCGGAUCAGUACGACCCACAAACACUCUAG